CUGCCCCCUGCAGUAGCUUUUUAUGUAGAAAUGUUGAGUUUCGGUUUCGUUUCGACUUCAGCUGAAACUCAGUGUGUUUACAUUCACUUCCGCAUUCUUCCUGCAUCAGCUGGGAUUCAGACACUGUUACAGACACAGACAGGACAUUUGUACGUCCUGUGAGAUUCAGCAUGCUUUACUGGGGCAAACUGAGCUCGACAGAAGAUGACUCUUCACAUCAGAACAUUAAUGGAUUUGAUGAAAUGAUCCGCGGGACGAGAAUCACAGAUGUGUCUAUCAGAGAGGGGCUCGCGACGUUCCUCAGGGACACGGACCGGAAAGUCACCCUAGUGACGUCACACAAGCGAAUGACUUUAGAUUUGAAGAAGGAGCGAAUUGCAUUAUUGAGCAGUGGAAAGGAGCAUGUUGUGCUUGUGUCUGAGACGGGGACGGUGCGUGAAUGGAAACGUUCAGCUCAAUGCAACAUACCCAGGAUAUUCAGCAGCUUAACUAACAGGCACAUUGCGCAAGUUGCAUGUGGAAACUAUCACUCGAUUGUCCGAACAAAAGAUGGUCAGUUGUUCACGUGGGGUCAGAACUCGAGCGGUCAGCUGGGUUUGGGGAAAGGUAAGCCAAGCCAAGCCGAGUCUCCUCAGCUCCUUAAGUCUCUGUCUGGGAUCCCGCUGGCUCAGAUCAGCGCUGGAGGAGACCACAGCUUCGCCCUGUCUCUCUCCGGAGCCGUGUUCGGCUGGGGCAGGAACAGCGCUGGGCAGCUGGGCCUGGGAGACACUGAAGAUAGACACAUCCCUGUUUGUGUGAAGAGCUUGAAUUUGAAGAAAACUGUGUUCAUCUCAUGUGGAGAGGAGCAUACUGCUGUUCUCACAAAGAGUGGACUGAUGUUGGUGUUUGGAUCUGGUCGAUAUGGGCAGCUUGGACAUAACUCAUUCAGAGAUGAACAUCAGCCUCAUGUAGUUGCUGAAUUCUGGGGGUCCAAAGUGUCCCAAAUAGUCUGUGGACGGCAUCAUACUCUGGCACUGGUUGAAUCAUCAAACACAAUCUACUCAUUUGGAUGUGGAGAGCAAGGACAGCUGGGAAAUGGACAGAGGACCAAUCAGUGUGUGCCACUUCCUGUCCAGCUGCCACCAGAAUAUAGUCCUGAUCAGAUGAUUAAGAAAAUUACUGCUGGAGGGAAUCUUUCUGUCCUCUUUUUCUAUAAAAUGGAUGGUGUUCAAGGAAGUUCAAAUCUGAGUUCAUGCAAUGGCACAGCAGUGUUGGAUGAUGAAAUUAUUGACCGCUGGAUUUCAGACUGUAACUCAAAAGUAUGGAAUAAAAUCCAAAGGGAAAUCAAGAGAAUGUUCUCAUCAGCAUCAUGCAUCAAUGGUAGUUUCAUUGAGAAAAGCAAUGACAAACAUUAUAAAACAUCAGUAGGGACUUCUGGUCUGGAUUUAUCAUUGACUCGUCUUGCUUUUGAGAAGCUGGCCAAAAAGGACAAAGUUCUAUCAGUGGUAGAGAAGGUGGUAGAGAAUGAUCUUCUGCCCUCUCUGGGCUCGACUGCUGCUGGUGUGGAGGCUCUGAGGGUUUACCUUAUCCUGCCUGAACUCCUCCGAGUGCUGAACAAACAAGGACGAGGCACACAGCUCACUAUCUCUCUGGCGUCUACCAUCUUAAAACUCGAGCCUGAGUCACUGGAUGUCUUGACCAGCCUGUGGACCAAACUGCCCUACUACUACUACAGGACUCUGGUGAAGAUGUUUCACUCAGUGUGUGCUCACUUCAUGUCACUGAUGACGACUACAAUAUGUGACCACUGGACUGAAAUAAAGCCUGUGCUAAUGGUUCUGCAGAAGCUUUACAAUAUUAAUAGUCAGAGAGUCGUACAGUUGACCGAGGGUUACUUCCUUAUGAAGGAGCUCAGAUGUUUUUUCAACUUAGUGGAAAAAUAUCCUAUGGGGAAUCUGAUCCUUAGGAUGAUGCAGCUUGGAAACCCUUGGGAGUUCUUCCAUGAUGAUGGGCAAAUUGAUAUUUUAAUCAACUUUUUGAAAAGUACAGAACAGCUUACAUGUUAUCCAUUUAUCCUUGACAUGAAGAGUAAAUGCACAGUGUUCCAUUUUUUACAGGCACAACACGGGGAGCCUUUGCCGUUUUUUGUCUUUGGAAACAGUCUGUGUGUGAACAGAGAAACAGUGCUGGCUGACACACUUGUGUACCUGAGAACAAGCGGACAUAAUUAUGCUCUCCCUUUAAAGGUGAAAUUUUCUCUAGAGGAUGGGAUCGAUGAUGGAGGUCUGCUUGCUGAAUACUUCACCGUGCUUGGACAGGAAAUAACAAAAGACUCCAGUGUAAUCCAAGAAUCUGAGGACUCAGGACUCUUCUGGUUCUCUGCUGAUGAUUCUGGCUCCAGUCUGGAGGAGCUGUUCUACAUUGGUGUCAUCUGUGGUUUGGCCUUUUAUAAUCACAGUUUUAUGCACAUCGGCUUCCCGGUGGCACUGUUCAAGAAGCUGCUGAACCUCAGUCCAACAUUGAGAGACCUGGAGGAGCUGUCACCAGUGGAGGCCAGAAGUCUAAAAAAUGUACUGAUGGAAGACGAGGAUGUUGUGGAGGAGCUCUACUUGGAUUUCACAGUGAAAGGAAAAGAGCUCAUUCCAAAUGGAGUGGAAAUCCCAGUCACAAAAGCUAACAGGCAGAAAUACGUGGACUUGUACAUCGACUUUGUUUUUAACAAGUCUGUGGAGACUCAGUUUAGGACGUUUGAGGAAGGUUUUUCUCAUGGAAACCCCUUUAAUUUCUGGAGGAUGUUCAAGCCUGAAGAGCUCAGAGACUUACUCUACGGCACGUCUAAAUACGAGUGGGAGGAGCUCCGACAGGGAGUCACAUAUGAAUGCUGUGGACCCUCAGAUGAACUCAUCCAGAACUUCUGGUCUGUUUUCUUCGAGCUGAAUGAAGAACAGCAGAAGAAGUUUCUGACUUUCGUCUACGGGACAGAUCGCUUGCCUGUAGGAGGACUCUCUAAACUGCAGCUAAAAAUUGUGAGACACAACUAUGCUGAUGCAGACGACCGUUUCCCCUCGGUCCAGACCUGUUACGGCAUUUUACACCUUCCAAACUACAGCGACAUCCACAUACUCCGAGACAAACUCAUUCAUGCCAUCACUUAUUGUGAAGUUUUUGGACAAAGGUAAAAGUUGAGUUUGUUGGGUCAGGCAUUAAAAUGUCAUCUUAUAUCUUCAUACAUUAUAAUUAGAACAGUCUAUAAGUUUGGGUGGUUGCUUGUCAGCCUACAGUGAUUACUGUGUGUUACACUACAGCUGUGUUUACUUACUUCAUGGUUCAGAUUUGCUUACAUCCUGCUUCUUGUAGUUAGUCUCACUGUGUUGUGUGUAGUGUGAUGUAUAUGGGUUUGUACUGCAAUUUUAAGCCUGGUUUCCGUUUUCAUUUCUUUUUUUGCUUAGUUUCUAUUUCUGGUCCUGGUUUUGUAGUUCUUCAAGUAGUGUAUAUAGUUUUUCUUUUAUUUUCUGUUCUAUUUUUUUUUUCUUUUUUUUGUCAUUUUUAUAGAUUUGCCUUUAAUGAUUCAUGUUCUGGAUCCAUGAAUCUCAGGAGAAGCUUAAAUAAAGGGCUGACUACAUCCAACAUUCUCUGCCUUGUGUGUUACAAUUAGUCACUAAUUCCAUAUUUUUAAUCAUUAAUAUUCACAGAAGGAUAUAAAGCUUCUACUAUACCUCUACUAUAGCCUCCUGUGUAUAAAUCUCUGUAUUUGAUCCUGUAUGGAUGCUAUGUCUUUGUAUAUAUAGCCAUUUACUUUAUAUAUUUGUAGUAUUAUGAAGUAUUUACUGUAUAU